AGCAUCAAAACAUAAUCAAAACACACGAACAUUGAUGCGUCAAUUUAUAUUUGUUGAAAAAUGGAAUCUAUAAACUUUAACGACUUUUCCGUUAAGGAGCGUCAUGAGAUAAUCACAGCAUUCCUGAUCAAAAUGCGUAAGGCCAAUUCGAUGCACAGUGCGCAUAGCUUCUUCCAGUAUUAUCUAAAACAAUUUUACAAGAUACCAUCAAACCUGCUCGACGACAUUAUCUAUUGUCAGCGCGCUUUGAAAAAUUAUUUGGCUGUCCAUCAGACAAUCACAAAUGUUUUUGCCGAGCAACCAGAUGCAGACCCGGAGACCAAGAACAACUAUCUGCUUGAGAUAGAAGAGGUUCUCCACGAAAUCAAUGCAGAGUGCAAAUAUUUGCUGAUUCGGCUGGAAGAGGACAUUUACCACUUUUGUCUACCCUUUACGGAGCAACAGCUGCAACCCAAUGGCAAUUUGAUCAAUGAAAUGGUCAGCGAAGCCGUGGUUCCUCUCGUCUGUAGCAGCCUUUUGCCAUUUAAGCCCCAUUCGGUGGCAGAGCGUCCCACAGAAAGUCAGUUGCUACGCAAGUACUUUACCGUCAGCACAGAGCCAAAGACAAAAGCUUCGUUAAGGACCAAAGACGAAAACCCUAAACCCAUCAAAUCGGCGGCGCCAAAAAAGAAACCAAUUCCGGACGCAGACGCUGCUGUGACAAAAGCGCCCGCCAAACAAGCCACAAAGCCUGCUGCGCCAGCCUCUGAGGCUGCCAGUAAGACCGAUGCGGUAAAUGCCAGUCGCCUUCAUUUGCAGGCGGCGCUGAAGCGAGCCCGUCUUAACAAGCAGGUAAACUGCGAUGCCAAACCGGCAAGUCCAAAGGAGUCGUUCUUGCAAUCCUUCGGCCUCUGCACACAGCUGGAGCACAAGCGCAUGCUUUUGUCCCGGGCGCUGAAUCAAAAACGAAAUCCAAGGCUUACACAAAAUUAGAUGCCGACCCUACAAUAACAAUAUGGAUGUUGUGCUCGUGUAUCAUACGUUACUUAAGUUCCUAUAGGUCAACGUAGUAUGAAAUCCAAUUAAGUUUUAUAAAAUUGAAGUUAAACCGCCAACAAUCUGCAGAUAAACCUGCAGUCUAACAUGUUUAAUAGCUACAUGAAAGAGAAAACCUUUUAAAACUUGACCCAAGCCAUAGUUUUGCUUUAAAUACUAUAGUUUAGCCUUCCUUUACAAAUAUUUUUAUAUAAUAUCUAGAUUAGUUGUAUAAAAAAGGCUAUGAAUGUAGCCAAAAA